CUUCAAAGGGCGAACCGAAAGUACGGCAAAGGGAAAACGAUUUUUCACCUAUUUUUGGAUAAGAUGCCACUUCUUUUGAGAUGACUACUGCGUUUGAUUAAUACAAUUUGGUGAAAACAUGGAGGGUGUUCAAGAGUUGCUAAGAGGAAUUCAAGAAACUUUAAAUCAACAUGGGAAACUUCUAAAGAGCGAUAACAAAAAAAUUAAUAGUAUUAAUCAAAGGGUAAAAAAUAUAGAACAUCAGAUAUAUGCUUUUCAAGACGCUACGUCAACCGCUCUAGACUAUGUACAAGAAGAUUGUCAAAAUAUUUUGGACAAUACAGUUGAUUUACAGUCCAAAGCGAAAAGGUCAAGUCGCCUCAUAAAGAAUCUUGGUAGCGGCUUAAAGCUGCCAAUGGAUUAUGUGUCUGACUCAGACAACAGUUUUGUGAGACGGAGUAAUCCAGGUCACUAUGGGAAUCGUCGUAGUAAACCGAUGAGACGGACUCCAGAACAUCAAGUGAUUCAGAAGCCAUUCAGUACUCCUGGGUCGGACAGUGACAGUGAAAAUGACUUUGAGAUAAAUCCUAGAGUGGUUAAUGGACCGCUGAUUGGUGACCACCAUCUACUACCCAGUGGCCACAAUGACCAAACUCGAGGAGAGUCAUAUGACCAGUCCCGAGGGGAGUCCCGUGUCACAGAAGAAGUGCCCACAACAGUACCACCCAUGCAUGACAUGGAAGGUGAUAUCAAGGCACUUCAAUCUGCAGGUCACUCCAUCCAUCAACCUGGAGAUCGACCCGCACCUACUCCUGGACAACCAGCAAACUUGUCUGGACAGACCAUACCUACAUCGUCUACCUCAGGUUUACUUAUGUCAGCCACCUCUAGCACCAGGUGUAAGGACCUUUCCAGCUCCCUAAGUUCCAACAGUUCCACAAACCAAAAUGAAAUUCUGGCUUCCCAGAUAUCAUCCGAGUCAAAUAUACCAUCACAAACAAGAUUACCUGUUCUGCCCUCAGGUGUUGACAGUGAAGGUGGUGACAAGUCGGCCAAUUCAAUGUUUUUGGAAAACAGACCAAAUAUUGAUGCCCCUCCUCGUACACAACCUGUGGGUUCGUCUUCAACGCCGACCCCACCCAAACCAACCACGACCACAACCUAUCAAAAUAUACCCAGGAUGCAACAGACAUUGGACACCGAUCAGACUUCACCCACAACAGCACAGACCACACCCACAACCAUUCAGACCACACCCACAGCAGUGCAUACCACAACCACAACUCAACAGGCAACAUCCUCAAUGCCAAACAUACCAUCAACAACACAACAGAUGACUGUUACCUCUUCACAAGCAUCAUCUUGGACAGUUGAAAUGGGAAUGGGUCUGCAACCAGACUUCAGUAGUGUGGAGAGAGUGAUAGAGUCUCUCGGACUUCCGCUCAAUGACAACACAAAGGGAGCUAUAAGCAGUGCCUUCACAAGUGAUGGUGAGCCUUCCAUGGAACGUCCAAAGGGCCUGUACACUGUGUUGUUGGUGGACACCUCCUACAGUACCAGUUCUACCCCAGUAAAAGACAUCAUUAAAUCCUUUAUCGAUGACUUCAUGGAUGAGAUUGAAGAUUCAGCAGCAAAUGAAACGCUGGAGGAAAAUGUUGCAUUGGUUACAUUUGGCUGGAAUACUGGUGUUCAACAAGGUUUCACCAAUGACUUCUCCCUCAUCCGAGAUGCAUUUGAUUCUCUUCCUUACAAGGGAAGGUCACCCCUAGCCACUGGUCUUGCUGUUUGCCUGACCUAUAUGGAGAAAUCAAGUAAACAGUUACAGCAGAGUGGAAUGGAGAUCUUUCCCCGAUUGGUCAUUUUGACUGACGGUCAUGCAACAGAUGAUGUAGACUUUGGAAGCAAUAAUGAUGAACCAGACCCAUCUGCUGUCACUGUGAAAUCACGUAUAAUACAGAUAGUGCAGACGUUCUCUGCCAGAAACUACCCCCUGUCCUGCGGAGCUGUCAAUAAACAGUACAGUGAUGAGGUUAUGAUCGAUGAUAUUGCAGCUAUCGGAGGUGGAACAAAGAUCGACUUGUUCCAGCAGCCACAUGGUCAGCGCCAAGCCAAGAUUCUUGGAAGAUAUUACUUCUAUCAAACAAUUGUGGCUCAGGUGAAGCAUGAUCUUGAGGAGAGUGGAGGUAUGGGGGAUGCCAGUAAGAUCCUGAUGGAUGCCAUCAGCAACAAGACUUUAAACCAGGAAGAUAUGGAGGAGCUGAUUGAUAUGCUGGGGAAGAAUGAAAUUGAGGCAAAGUUUGACGACCGGCUUCCAUCAGUAAGAACCUCAGAUGAAUCAGACGAUGAAACCCUGCAGAUUUACGAUUUUCAAGAACUGGCACACAUGCCAACGAUUGGUAGCCGUGUGAAGAAAGGACCACAAUGGAAACAAGGGGAACCUGAUCCAAGAGGACUGGGGACAGUAGUGGCCCAUGCUAGUGAAGGGAUGGUGGUGGUGAAGUGGGAUAAAGGUAAGAUCGACCGCUACCAGUAUCUCUCCGACUACCAGGAGGUGACAUUAACGGGUGGACCUAGCCAGCCACGCCAGGUCCGGUCUGGACAGGAUGUCGAUGUGGGCUGCUGGGUAAAGCGAGGGCCCCAAUGGAAUAAAGGUGAUGAGGACGGUCAAGCUGCCCAUGGAGUGGUCAUCAGGCGCCACAAGAACAUGUCUGUCACAGUGAAAUGGCCAAUUGGAAUUGUGGAGAGGUACAAAUGUGGACAGGAUGGAAUUGUAGAGGUGGAAGCAAUAACCCAUGUCCCCAUUGCCGAGUCCCAGCCUCAAACUGACUCCCAACAACUGCCUGCAGGCCGUACAGAUGCUAGAGCUGCAGGAGCAGUGACAAGAGAGGAUGGUUUGGUGUCGUGCUGGCAGUUCCAGGAUGGACUCAACCAGUGGCGAACCUUUUCCAUGGACGAGAGUGCCAAGUUGGACAACCACAGUACUAACAGAAAAUCGGGGCUGAUCACAGUCACGCACAAAGGAACGCAGUAUCGGAUAGAUCUUCCCACCAUGCGGUACAGAGAGCAAGGAGCCCAGGCCCAGGGGCCAAUACAGCAGACAUAUGUAACUCCUGAGGAAUAUCAAACCAUGAUGGUUAUAGAGGAUAUUGGUGCCAUGUAGCUGGGUGUCAUUGAUGAAUUGAGUUGAGAAAAAUUGUGUUUGAUUGAAAUCUGCGAUAAAUACACUUGGAGCAGCCAUCUGCGUAAAGUCCAGGGAUCUCCCAUCCUGACUUACAAUCAUUCAGAAGUGCUCUUCCCAGUAACAUAGGAUUUCAGGAGUUUCUGGUCAAACACACACCACAGACAGAUCUGAGGGAUGGGAUGUGCUCCCUAAUGAUUUGCCAAGUACUUUAAACUACCUUGCAGACCUCUCCCAAUAUUUACAUGUAGCUGUUUUAUUGGUCGUUGGUAAAAAAAACUGACCGAUCGCUAGGCAGAUGUGUGUCCAUUGAAGAUUACAGAGGAGUGACACCCGACUUCAAAGCCAGUCAGUCUUUGAUAUAUAUCAAAUUAUCAAACUAGUCCUCUUGUCUCGCCUACAUGGUGAUGCGCACUGCGCUCUCAACUUUGCUAUGAAAUAUUCCAGGGGUGCAGAGUGUGAAAGUGAACGUAACCCCUGGAGUACGUAACCCCUGGAGUACGUAAACCCCUGGAGUACGUAACCCCUGCAGUACGUAAACCCCUGGAGUACGUAACCCCUGGUGUACUUAACCCCUGGAGUAUGGAGGAUGGUUACAGACAAAUAGAUAUUACCUCUACAUAGUGUUGACACAUAGUUAAAGUGCAACUUAAUGAUAAGCUAGCUCCUCAACGACUGUAAAUGGAAUCGUGUUAAGGUGUAGAAUUUUUUGCAAUGGAAAAAUUGUUCAUCAAUAAUAAAAAAUGUUGCUUCUAUGAGUUAAUAAUUGUUAUUAUUUAAUCCAUUUGUACAAAUGCUAUGAAAUGUAAUGGCUUGUGUCUUUCAUACCUGAUUGUGCUUUUUGACCUGUAAACAAAGCUCUUUUUUUUUUUUUACAGAUAUUUUAUUCCCCCAGCCAUUUUUUUCAUAAAUAUGUAUAUACA